GUUGCAACUGUUAAUAGCUGGUGCUCUGCCGCGCUGUUUGCCCUCCGCCAAAAUCAUCUCAUUUCUUCCGCGCCGCCGCCGCCGCCGCUCCCCUCGCCCUAUACACCUCAUCUCAGGCGUUUUCGCGUUUUUCCGCUCGCUUUUCUCCGAUAGCUCAGCUCAUUCCGCUUUCGGAGAGAUCUGUGUUGAAUUCAUUAGUCGAAAUUUCUUCAUUCAAUUUGGCAUGGCGGCGACAUUGAAUUUAUGUAGCGAUUUCUUCUGCAAGAGCAAAAAUGCUUCGGGAUUUCAGCCUAUGGAGCUUCUUCGUAGGCAGCAAUGUCUUCAUUUCACGGCUCCUCCGUUGUCAGUGUCACCUUCGCUGCCUUCUGUUUCGGGUCACUGUAUGUCUCUGAGAUUGAGAUGUGAGGGUGGUAGGGCUGAUGUGCUUGAAAGGAGUGAUACUCAGAGCCGCGGCUCUGAUCAAGCUCCGAGCGAGAAUGAGCUUACUUGCGUGAUGAAGUUUGGCGGUUCGUCGGUCGCCUCAGCCGAGAGGAUGAGAGAAGUGGCUGGCCUCAUUCUCAGCUUUCCGGACGAGAGACCUGUCGUUGUUCUUUCUGCUAUGGGGAAAACGACGAACAAGCUCUUAUCGGCUGGAGAGAAGUCUGUCACUUGUGGUGUUUCGAAUGUGUCUGAUCUCGAAGAAUUGGCCUUCAUCAAAGAGUUGCAUCUGAGGACUGCGGAUGAGCUAGGAGUGGAGAGCACAAUUAUAUCUAAACACCUUUUUGAGUUGGAACAGCUUUUGAAUGGGAUUGCUAUGAUGAAAGAGAUGACACCAAGAACAAAAGACUACUUGGUUUCUUUUGGGGAAUGCAUGUCCACAAGGCUUUUUGCUGCCUAUUUGAAUAAAAUAGGCGUAAAAGCUCGACAAUAUGAUGCCUUUGACAUUGGUUUUAUAACCACUGAUGAUUUCACGAAUGCGGAUAUUUUGGAAGCAACUUAUCCAGCUGUGGCAAAGAGAUUGCGUGGGGAUUGGAUUAAUGAUUCUGCUAUUCCUAUUGUUACUGGCUUCCUUGGGAAGGGUUGGAGAAGUUGUGCAGUGACCACGCUAGGGAGAGGUGGUAGCGACUUAACUGCCACAACAAUUGGGAAAGCUUUGGGUUUAAGAGAAAUCCAGGUGUGGAAAGAUGUUGAUGGCGUUCUCACAUGUGAUCCUAAUAUAUAUUCCCGCGCUGCACCUGUGCCCUAUCUAACUUUCGAUGAAGCUGCUGAACUUGCUUAUUUUGGUGCCCAGGUCCUCCAUCCACAGUCCAUGAGGCCUGCUAGGGAAGGUGGUAUUCCUGUGCGAGUGAAGAACUCUUACAAUCCAAAAGCUCCCGGAACCCUUAUCACUAGAUCAAGGGACAUGAGUGAGGCUGUACUUACUAGCAUUGUCUUGAAAAGGAAUGUUACAAUGUUGGAUAUCGUGAGCACAAGAAUGCUUGGCCAAGUUGGUUUUCUAGCUAAGGUUUUCGCAAUUUUUGAGGAUCUAGGCAUAUCCGUUGAUGUUGUUGCCACUAGUGAAGUGAGCAUUUCCUUGACGUUGGACCCUUCCAAGCUUUGGAGUAGAGAACUUAUUCAGCAGGCAAGCGAAUUAGACCAUGUGGUGGGAGAACUAAAAAAAAUUGCUGUUGUAAAUCUUCUCCAGCACAGAUCCAUCAUCUCUCUCAUUGGAAAUGUUCAGAGAUCCUCACUGAUAAUCGAAAAGGCGUUCCAUGUCCUUCGGGGUAAUGGAGUAAACGUUCAGAUGAUCUCUCAAGGUGCUUCGAAGGUGAAUAUAUCGCUGAUUGUAAACGACAGUGAAGCAGAACAAUGUGUAAGGUCUCUUCACACAGCCUUCUUCGAGACUGAUCUCUCUGGAGUUGUUUUCGAAAGUAAAUCUCAAAAUGGUUCGGCUUGAAGUCUCUGCAGCAUCCAUAGUCUUCUGAAAACGGCUAAAUCGCCUUCCUAGUUAGAAUUGUUAUCAGAUUGAUAAGAUUUUAAUGUUAGAUCAUAUGAUUUGUUCGAAUAUUGCACUAGAGAGACUGCCUCUUUGUGCAAACGGUAAGCAAUUUUGUACGACGGAUAUAAUGCAAAAGUAUAGUGUGUUUUUUCCAGAUA